GUCAACAUGGACUCUGCAAACAUAAAGCGAGCCUGCAGUCUGCUGUGAUGUGACUCAACAAGCUGCAGAACAUUGACAGCGUCUUUUUUUUUUUUUUUAAACCUGGCUGUUCCACCUUCAUGGCAACCUUGUUGUCGGCCAACGUGUCCGCCCGGUUGGACAAUGCGGAGCGUGCGGUGGCGGCCGCCGUGACCACCUCCUUCAGCUUGAUCUUCCUCUACGUCAACUGCGUCAUGCUGUUCACGCUGGGAAGCAAGCGCGUUUUCCGGGAGACGUCGCGCUACAUCCUGCUGUCGAACCUGCUGCUCGGAGACACGCUGCAGUUGGCCAUCUCGCAGCUGCUGUACUUGCUGAGCGCGUCUCGCGUCACCCUCACGUAUCCCCUAUGCGGCGUGUUCGUCAUGCUGGGCAAACUCUUCAGCAGGAUCUCGCCCCUGGUGCUGGUGGUGAUGUCGCUGGAGAGAUACGUGGCCGUGUGCCACCCUCUCAGGCACGCCUCCAUCAUUACCAGCAGGAACACGGUGGGGGCCUCGCUCGCCGCGUGGGUCUUUUGUUUUCUAAAUGUUCUCAUUCAGGGGCUUCUAUUGCUGAUGUUUCCCUUUGACCAGCUGGAGAGUCUGCAAAUGUCCAAGUUUUGCAGCGUCAUAAACAUUUUCCUCGUACCGGCUUAUGAAGUUUACUUCAACGUUUACACAUAUUUCCUGUUCAUCUCGGCGUCCCUGACUGUUGCUUUCACCUAUGUGAGCGUAAUUAAGUCAGCCAGAUCGGCGGCCACGGACAAGGACUCGGCCCGUAGAGCUCGGAACACGCUGCUGCUGCACAUGGUCCAGCUUGGCCUCAGCCUCAUCUCGGUGUUCUACUCCAAAUUCCUCACUUUCCUCUUUACUGUGUUGACCUGGGUGGUCAUUCAACGGCUCCAGGUCGUUCUUUUUGUGUGCUUUUCCUUACUACCCCGAUGUCUGAGUAGCCUCAUUUACGGCCUGAGAGAUCAGAGCCUCAGAGUCGUGUUUGUGUAUCAUCUGUUCUGUCACCUCAAAGUGUCGGUCGCUGCUGUUAAAAACGCGUUUGUGUCCUGAGAGUUCUUCUUCGUUCUUUCCUUGUCCCUUCACCUGUGACACAUUCAAACUUCACACUCUGUACUACUUAAAAUCGCCCAUGUGCACGGUUUCACUUGUAACCCUGCACAUAUUUGCCACUUAUUUAUGGAACAUUCAAGCAGGAUGUGAUCGUACAAGUUUAUUGUGAUUCAUGUGCAACAUGAAAUUACAGAAUUGUGUCCACAUGAUUUUUUUUUGGUAGUGUUUUCUCCAGUAUGGAAAAUGUUGUCGACGGUCCUGUUAUUUUCUGUCUGA